UCAGCCAUCUUGUGUCAAAUAAUGAAAUGUCAUUUAAAUGUCAAAGAUCUUUCUUUUUGAUUCUGACGUUUGCGUGAUACGCGUGCUUUUGUAGAUAAACAAAAUGCAGAACGACGCUGGUGAAUUUGUUGACUUGUACUGCCCGAGGAAAUGCUCGGCCAGCAACCGUCUGAUCCAUGCUAAGGACCACGCCUCAGUGCAGCUCGUGAUCGCCGACGUGGACCCCGCCACCGGCCGCGCCACCGACGCCAGCAAGAUGUACGUCAUCUGCGGAGCCAUCAGGCGGAUGGGAGAGUCAGACGACUGCAUAGUGAGGCUGACCAAGAGGGAUGGUAUAUUAACCAAGAACUACUGAAGUCUUGUAACAAAUAAGUAAAAAUAUUCUAAAAAAAACAAUAAAAAAAAUUCAAAACA